CUGAGUACUUGGAGCCAGGAAAGAAGCAUGAAGUGGCUUGUGCUUCUCUGGCUGGUGGCCUUCUCAGAAUGCAUAGUCAAAAUACCUCUAACCAGAGUGAAGAUCAUGAGAGAAACCCGCAGUGAAAAAAACAUGCUGAACAAUUUCCUGAAGGAACAUGCUUACAGACUGCACCAGACUUCUUCUCCUGGGUCAAAUAUAGCUACUCACCCCCUGAGAAACGUGGAGGAUAUGAUCUAUGUGGGUAACAUCACCAUUGGAACACCCCCUCAGGAAUUCCAGGUUCUCUUUGACACAGCAUCAUCUGACUUGUGGGUGCCGUCCAUCUUUUGCAAGUACCCAACCUGUUCCUCACACGUUUUGUUCAGACAUAAUGAGUCUUCCACCUACCAGCAAACCAAUAAGACCUUCAGCAUCACAUACGGUUCUGGGAGUAUGAAGGGAUUUGUUGCUCGUGACACCGUUUGGAUUGGGGACCUUGUAAGUACUGACCAGCCGUUUGGUUUAAGUGUGGAGCAAUACGGGUUUGAGGAAAUGCCUUUAGAUGGCAUCUUGGGCUUGAACUACCCCAACAUGUCUUUCAUUGGAGCCAUCCCCAUCUUUGACAACCUGAAGAAUCAAGGUGCCAUUUCUGAGCCGGUUUUUGCCUUCUACUUGAGCAAGAGCAAGGCGGAGGGCAGUGUGGUGAUGUUUGGUGGGGUGGAUAAAUCCUACUACCAGGGAGUGCUCAACUGGGUACCGUUGAAACAAGCAGGCAACUGGCGUGUCCACAUGGACCGCAUCUCCAUGGAAGGACAGACUGUUGCUUGUCAUGGCGGCUGUGAGGCCCUUGUGGACACCGGGGCAUCAUCGAUCCUUGGCCCAAGAAGACUGCUCAAUAAGAUCCUGAGGUUCCUCGGUGCCAAGCCACGGGGUUCUGAGCACUAUGUUUCAUGUUAUGCGGUCAAUACCCUGCCCUCUAUUGACUUCUCCAUCAACGGCAUCAAAUACCCACUGCCAGCUCAAGCCUACACCAUGAAGGAUUGUAGUGGCGACUGCUUUAUCAACUUUGAAGUGAACCCAGUGAGUACAUCUACAGAGACCUGGAUCCUUGGUGACGUCUUCCUGAGGCAGUACUUCUCUGUUUAUGAUCGAGGAAAUGACAGAAUUGGCCUGGCACAAGCCGUGUAA